AUGGUUUCCCGCGACGUCGAGCCUUUCCCACCGCUGCAGACGGAGCAGUCGAAGAAGGAGAGCCGCUCAAGCAAGAGCGGGAGCGUCCGGCGGCGCAAAAGCAGCGGACUAGGAGCUGAGCUGCCGGGCGACACGAGUGUGCCUGCGUUUGCGACGCUAGGGAGUCCGCCCGCGACCCCGACAGAGCCGACUCGCGAGAAAUCCGGUCGCCGUUCGAAGCGUCGCUCGGUCCGCCGCGCGCUCUCCAAGUACAAGCGUACUUGCAUGCGGCACACCUGGGUCGGUCCCCUCACGUUGGCCCUGGCCAUAGUCUCGCUCUACCUCGUCAACCCGUCGCCCAAGAACCCCAUCGCCGCCGCUCUCUUCCUCUCCUACCCGCUUCCGCGAGAACCGGGCGCAGACCCCACCGCACCCAUCCACUAUGGCAAAGGCGCACGCGACUUUGCCUUUGUUGCAUUCUACACCAUCGUUUUCUCGUUCACGCGCGAGUUCCUCAUGCAGCGAUUCAUCCGACCACUUGCGAUCCGUUUCGGCAUCAAGUCUCGCGCCAAGCAGGCCAGGUUCAUGGAGCAGUUCUACACAGCCAUGUAUUUUGCCGUCUAUGGUCCUUUCGGCCUGUAUGUCAUGAGCCGGACGCCCGUGUGGUAUUUCAAUACGACCGCCAUGUACGAGGGUUUUCCGCAUAAGACGCACGAGGCCAUCUUCAAGGCAUACUACCUGCUCCAGGCGAGCUACUGGGCGCAGCAGAUGAUUGUGCUCCUGCUAGGACUGGAGAAGCCCCGCAAGGAUUUCAAGGAAUUCGUUGCGCAUCAUAUCAUCACCUUGACCUUGAUUUGGUGCAGUUACCGCUUUCACUUCACAUACAUGGGUUUGGCCAUCUACAUUACCAUGGAUAUAUCCGACUUCUUCCUUGCUACGUCAAAAGUGCUCAACUACCUCGACGCGCCCAUCACCGGCCCCUAUUUCUUUGUCUUUAUGUGCGUAUGGGGCUACCUCCGCCACUAUGUCAACCUCCGCGUCCUCUACUCCAUCUUGACCGAGUUCAAGACCGUCGGUCCCUACGAGCUUAACUGGGAAACACAGCAAUACAAGUGCUGGAUUUCGCAGAUCAUCACGUUCGCCCUCCUCGCCAGUCUCCAGGCCGUCAACCUCUUCUGGUGGUUCCUCAUCUGCCGCAUCGCCUACCGCUUCAUCCGAUACAGCACCGCGGACGACGACAGGAGCGAGUACGAGGAGAGUGAUACCGAAGAAGCCGGCGAGAGGAAGGGCGCGAAAAAGACUCCUAACGGGAAGGCCAAUGGCAAUGCCGCCAACGGCACGCCGAAGGUGUUCUUGAACGGCGAGGAGCUUGCUACGUCGGAUAAGCCUACGAGCGCGAGCGACGCCGGGAGCAUCGAGUCGCGAGUGCGCGAGCGGAAGAAGGUGCAGAGCUAG